CGUGUGACCCGGCAGAGGACCUGUGUGACCCGAGUCUGAGACCAACACCGCGGCGGCUGUAGCGGCGGUGGUUGACGGGUUCAGAUGGCGUGGACGACCCGCUGCGGGGCUCUGCUCCGGCUCACGGGACCGGAGGGCUUCAGCGGGAGCUCCAGACGCUCUGUUCCACCUUGUGAUGUCAUGACGUGGUGGUAGUUUUCAAGUCCUCAGCUCCUUUUUCCCUUCAGUUCAGUCGAGAUUGGAGAGAAAUUCCAGGACUGAAACGACCCACGUGAUUCUAGUGAAGCAGGUGGCGCCUGAACGUGCAGCAGAGGUGUGGGUUUAAAAAAGCCUCUCGGAAACCAGAGGGACGCAGAGGAGAAGAAGAGGCGUCCCCCGGCGGGCCCCCGUCCUCCGCCCGGGACCCGACGGCGCCCAGGGACCCCCCCGCCGGAGCCCGGGACCCGACGACGCCCGGGGGCCCCGCGGCGCCCGCCGAGGCCGGAGCCAGGGCCCCCCCCACACCGAGACGGACCCUACAGGGACUUUGGACGACUGGUGAAGCCCAUGGUUUUUACUGUGGGGUUCACAGGUUGUGCGUUUGGGGGCGCUGCGCUGUGGCAGUACGAGAGCCUGAAGUCCAGAGUCCAGAGUUACUUCGACCAGGUUCAUUCCGACUGGUUAGAAAAACUUCGUCCCAAGAAAAGAGGAGACCUGCGCAAAGACGUGAACCAAUGGUGGAACAGUCUGACUGAAGGUCAAAGGACAGUCACAGGGAUCAUCGCGGUGAACUUCCUGGUGUUUUGUUGUUGGAGAGUUCCGGCGUUCCAGAGAACCAUGAUCCGCUUCUUCACGGCCGACCCCGCCUCCAAGACGUUGUGUUCUCCUCUCCUCCUCUCGUCCUUCUCUCAUUACUCGUUCUUCCAUCUCGCCGCCAACAUGUACGUCCUGUGGAGUUUUUCCAGCAGCGCCGUCUCCAUGUUGGGCAGGGAGCAGUUCAUGGCCGUGUACCUGUCGGCAGAGUGUAAAAACUCACAGCAAAGAUCCAAGAUGCCAAGACAGAAGCAGUCGAUCCAGAGUAUCUCCAUGGAGACCAAACCAGACACAGUCACAGGUCAGAUCUGUGGAGAGGCGACCCCAUGGUCAUGGUUUAGUUCCAGUUUAGUCAUUUGUCUGGAAUGUUUCUCAGUGUGGCAUUAAAACUUUCUAUCUUCAUGGAAACCAGAGACCAGACCAAGUUCCAGGACUAAACCAGGACUAAACCAGGUCUAAACCAGGACUAAACCUCAUAAAGCCCUAUAAAAGUGUACAUUCCUCCUGUGAGCGUCGCCUCUCCACAGAUGUGACCUGUGACUGUGUCUGGUUUGGUUUCCGUGGAGACAGAUUUGAGACUUUAAACAUGAUUUCAGUAAAAUAAAUGUGUUUUCUUGUAUUGUUCUUCCUCACGUGUGACUCUGUGACGUCAGAGGAGUCUGGGCUCAGUGUGCCACAUGGUUGCUACGGAAACACUGAUGGAAUUACCAUUAAAAAUAAAAUAAAAAAUCACCAAAUGGAGAAAAACAAAAAGUAUAAAAUGUUGAGUCAAAUGUUCAGUCCAGUGAUCUGAAGUGAAUCUGAGUCACAUGAGCAGUUCAACCUGUCAAAGGAACUUUAAAGCCCCACUGCGGGACAUUUCCUCA